AUGAGGAUGCUCCUGGCCACGCCCACGAUGACGCUGGCCAUCGCUGGUGCGUUGCGGCGGCUGCUGCCCACGGUGGCCUUGAGCUUGUUCACUCUGAUCUCCCUCUUCGUGUAUGAGCUCUCGCGAUCCGCGAGGCCGACGGCAGCAUCCAACGGCGCGGGCACUCUCUUCGUCGCCGGGCCGACUGGCGCUGACCAUCUGGUCUUGCUCUGCGCCGGGUUCCCGGACGACCACUCCUCGCUUGCGCCGCUCGCACGGCUUAGCAACCACGGACUGCCUAAAUUUCGGCGGCUAAAAAGCAAAGGACGGGCUCUUUUGAUCGGCAAAGGAAAGUUGGAGUAA